UUAUAUAGAACCUUGUCAUUCAACUUCUUUAGUACCCAAAACACAACACACGAAUUGGCAGUUAUAUAUUUCACUAUCUAACUGACAAUCCUCUCAACUUUCUGCAACAAUGGAGGAAGGUACAAAGUUAGAGUACAAUUCUGUAAGCUCAUACAAAAUUAAAGGAAAAGGUGGAUUCAGAGCUUCUUCCUUCAUCUAUGGUUUUGUGGGAUUAGAUAACAUUGGAUUUGUAGCAAACAUGGUGAGUAUGGUAUUAUACUUCUCAUUCAAAAUGCAUUUGGACCUCAGCGGCUCAGCCAACACUGUCACUAACUUAUUGGGCUCCACGUACUUGCUCUCCAUUAUUGGUGGUUUUAUUUCUGAUACUUACCUCAGCAGAUUCCAUACCAUUCUCAUAUUCGGAACAGCUGAAAUACUUGCAUGGACAUUGAUGACAAUUCAAGCUCGUUACUCAAGUUUGCAACCACAAGUAUGUGGCAAGUCAAAUUGUUUAGAAGGUGGGAUAGGACUAUUAUUCUAUGGUUCACUUUGCUUGUUAGCAUUGGGGACUGGUGGGGUAAGGGGAGCACUACCAGCAUUAGGUGCUGACCAGUUUGAUCACAAGGAUCCAAAUGAGGCCAAGGCUCUUGGAAGAUACUUCAAUUGGCUGUUGCUUAGCUCUGUGUCAGGUUCAGCAAUUGGAGUCACUGUCGUUGUUUGGGUUAGCACUAAUAAAGGUUGGUGGAUUGGUUUCCUAAUUAGUUUGGUUGGUACUUUCCUUGGUUUCCUUAUCUUUGUCUUUGGAAAGCCUUUCUACCGACUUCAAGUUCCUGGUGAAAGCCCUCUCACAAGAAUUUUGCAGGUUAUCAAGGUGGCAAUUAGAAACCGAAAGUUGCAAUUACCAGAAAAUUCUGAAGAGUUGUAUGAGAUCAAUGUGAAAGAAUCUGACUCAUUAGAGCCAAAAAUUGCACAUACUAAUCAAUUCAGGUACUUAGACAAAGCUGCAAUUCUUCCAAAAACUGUUGAGCCAACACAAUGGACAGUUUGCACAGUGACCAAAGUAGAAGAAGUGAAAAUAUUAACAAGAAUGUUGCCUAUUAUUGCUAGCACAAUUUUAAUGAACACAUGUUUGGCCCAACUCCAAACAUUCUCAGUACAACAAGGCUAUCGAAUGAAUCGUCACUUUGGCUCUUUUGAAGUACCAGCACCUUCAGUUCCAGUAAUUCCAUUACUUUUCAUGUGUAUUCUCAUACCAAUUUAUGAUUUUGUAUUUGUUCCUUUUGCUCGAAAAAUCACCAAUCAUCCCUCGGGCAUCACACAACUCCAACGUGUCGGCGUCGGAUUAGUCCUUUCAAUUAUUUCCAUGGGUAUAGCUGCACUUGUUGAGAUAAAAAGAAAACACCAAUCUUUGAAAAAUCCAUUGGAGCCUAUCCAUGUUUUUUGGCUAUCUUUUCAAUAUGGGAUUUUUGGAAUUGCUGAUAUGUUUACCUUAGUGGGAAUGCUUGAGUUUUUCUACAAAGAAGCACCAGCAGGAAUGAGGUCACUGUCUACUUCUUUUACAUGGAUUUCACUCUCUUUUGGGUACUACUUGAGCAGUGUUUUUGUGGAUAUUAUCAAUUCAGUGACCAAAAGAUUUUCACAAAGCAAGAAAGGAUGGUUGGCUGGUCAAGAUUUGGAUCAGAAUAAUUUGCAACUUUUCUAUUGGUUCUUGGCCAUUUUAAGCUGCCUAAACUUUAUAAAUUAUCUCUAUUGGGCAUCUUGGUACAAGUACAAAUCAGAUGACAAGUUGGACACUAAGCCCAAAUCAGGGGAUAAUGUUACUUUGCCUAAAUCAGCCUCAGUAAGUAGGGUGCCAUUCCUUAAGGCAAAUGAGAAUGAUGCAGCAGUUGUCACAGCAGAAGUUUCCUCCAUUGGACACAAGUGAAGAAACUUAUAAGGAGAAAAAUUAAAUAGUUGAAAAGAUGAAAUUAUUGUAUUUAAAUUAGCAUCAAAAACAAGAAAUGCUCCUCGCUACUUGUUUUUGUCUAGUUAAUAUUUUUAUGGGCUGUUCUUUAACGUUUUUUUCUUCUUGGCUGUGUGUUUACAUGCAAGUGCAUGAUUUUUGGGUUAAGUGGUGUUUAAUUAAUUUCAUGCAAACUAUGGGAAAUCAUGAGGGGUCAAAUUUCCCACAUAGAUGCGUUGAUAUUUAAUCAGGCUGUAAAAUCUUUUAAAGUGUAAAAUGUAUGAUGUGUUCACUCA